AUGUCCUAUCAGACAAGAGCACACACGGCGCCUCGGAAGCUGCUGUCUGACUUCGCUUGGACUGCACCACCCAUACGCCAGCAGCGUCAUACCGCCGGCGCAGCAUCAGACGCAGCCCGCGAUUGCGACGUGGACGUGCUGCCGCUGAGUAAAGUCGUGCACCGCCCUGGAUCUACGUCGGCCUCCAAUCACCACACUCGCGCCUCGAGACCUGCACUGGACCCAGAACCGUGCACCUCUCUAGCGAUUUCGCCUCAAAGCGUGGCCAUUGACAACGCAUCAGUCAUCGGCCCUGCCACAACCAUAACGACAUCCCAGCGACAACCAUCCUCCACAAGUCCAAGGACUGUCGACCAUCGUCUCAUUGGCAGAGUGCUCAUUCUGCAUCAGCUCCAGCCUACAGGCAUCCAACCAGGCGCUUCGGCUCCACUCCGCAAGUCGCGUCUAAUCCUCAACUCCAUCAUAUCUUUCGACGGUGCCUGUUCCAAUCGCAGUCCUCGCGCGCAGCUUUGCCGCCGCGGCUCACCUACUUGCAGAACACCCUUUCACAAGGACCAAUACAAGUACACUCGGUCUAUGACCGACUACGCGCAAUACCAGCAGCAACCCCACCACGGGCAUGCCCCCGGGCAUAUCCAGAACUAUGGCGGCGCCCAGAACCCAGCUGCGGGCAAUUCCUCCAUAACUUCUCCCACUCAGCAACAAAUGCAGUAUCAGCAGACGUCGCCAAUACUGCCAUCGCAAGGCUACGGCCAAGGUGGGGCCCCACAUCCACAGCACCAUCAACCCAUGGGUUACGCACAACAGGGCUACAUGCCCGGCUUGCAUCAACAGCAGGAUUCUACCCUCAAGACGGUAUUCCUGGUCAGAUGGCGCAGGACCCUAGAGCUUCGCCUCGCAUGUCGGGUGGUCAGAUGA